CCCCAUGGCCCGGUCCGCGCCGCUGGUGGCCGCCGCCCUGGCGCUGUGCUUGCUGCUGGCGCCGCCGGGCCUCGCGUGGUACAGGCCGGCGGCCGGGCCCGGCUCCUACUCGGUGGGCCGUGCGGCGGGGCUGCUGUCCGGCUUCCGCAGGUCUCCGCAUGCGCGCCGCUCCGAGCCCCCCGGGAGCGCGGGACCCCCGGGCCGGGCGAGCGCCGUCGCCGAGCCGCGCCCCCGCCUGCGGAGCCUCGCCGCGUGUGUCAAGGACGUGUCCCCGAAACUGCGGAGCUGCGCGCGGUUCCCCGACGGCCGCGCCACCGUCCAGUGCCAGGCGGACGUCUUCCUGUCGCUGCGCGCGGCCGACUGUCGCAGCGCCUGAGCCUCCACCCGGCCCCGACCCCGCCAGGCGGCAGCGCAGACACCCCAGCGCCUCCCUGCAUCCCCGCUCGCCGAUCGGCUCCCCAAUA